AUGAAUUCUCUGAGUGGAGUUACUAAAAUGUGGGAGAUGCCUCAAGUUACAAACAAGAUUGCUGUCUUGAAGGAUCACAAAGAACGUGCAACCGAUGUGGUGUUCUCCCCUGUGGAUGAUUGUCUAGCAACGGCUUCUGCUGAUCGAACUGCAAAGCUGUGGAAAACUGAUGGAACACUCCUACAAACUUUUGAAGGUCAUUUGGAUCGUCUUGCACGUAUCGCCUUCCACCCAUCAGGGAAGUAUCUCGGAACAACAAGCUAUGACAAAACAUGGAGAUUGUGGGAUGUUAACACUGGAGCAGAGCUGCUUCUGCAAGAAGGUCAUAGCCGUGGUGUCUAUGGAAUCGCAUUUCAACAAGAUGGAGCAUUAGCAGCUUCUUCUGGGCAUGAUUCACUCGCACGGGUUUGGGAUCUCCGCACUGGUAGGAGUAUUCUCGUCUUCCAAGGACACAUCAAACCGGUUCUCUCUGUAAAUUUCUCUCCUAAUGGUUAUCACUUGGCGUCUGGUGGCGAGGAUAAUCAGUGCCGCAUAUGGGAUCUUAGAAUGAGGAAGUCGUUGUACAUCAUACCAGCUCAUGCCAACCUUGUCUCUCAAGUGAAGUACGAGCCACAAGAAGGCUACUUCCUAGCCACUGCCUCUUACGACAUGAAAGUCAAUAUAUGGUCAGGCAGAGAUUUCUCGCUUGUGAAAAGCUUAGCAGGGCACGAGUCAAAAGUGGCUUCUCUGGAUAUCACUGCAGAUAGCUCCUGUAUCGCAACUGUGUCACAUGACCGUACCAUCAAGCUUUGGACAAGCAGUAGCAACGAAGACGACCAAGGCGGAGAAACAAUGGACAUUGAUCUCUAG